AUGGACGAGCCGGAUGAAGUCCCACACUGCCACCCAAGUCAUCCAGUAAACCCAGGCUUCGCUUUGUGCGAGUCAGAGGUUGAGACUGAGUUGACGGAGCUGCGGUAUGUUCUCGAGGACCAUCAUGCGCAAGUCAUGGCGAGGCUCAGCUUGCAGGAUGAGGCGCUUGACCGCCUCUCCGCGAAGCGCUUCCUGCCGCGGGUGCGGAACGCCGAGGAUCUCUUGGAAGUGCGCCCGGUGGAAUCGCUGAAAUCCCAUCAGUCCAGCACCUCGCGAGCCUCGCGAGCCUCGCGCGCCUCACGAAAGUCGUCCUCGCAGCCCACCUUCACGCCGACCUUCUUCAGCACCUACAGCAAGGCCGACCUGCAGCAGAAGACCGGCGCCCAUCACCGGCACUCCGUGAGGCAGCGGAAGGUGUUUGCAUCCUUUCGUACCUCGGAUCCCUCGGGUGACCACAGUGGGAAGAGUUCACCUUCCUGGUGCCAAAGGAUUGUGUGGAAUUCCUACUUCGACGUCUUCUUCGCCAUUGUGGUGAUCACGAAUGCAAUCUUCAUUGGGGUGGACGUGCAGUAUUCCAUGUCCUACUCGGAGAACUUGCUGGCCUUCUACGUGGGGCACUACAUCUACACGGUGCUCUUCAUCGCGGAGCUGGUUCUGCGGCUUCUGGCCGAAGGUCUGAAGUUCUACUGCGGAGAGGAUUGGAUGUGGGCAUGGCUGGAUACCUUCAUCGUAAUCAGCUCCCUCUGGGAUAUUGUGGUGGAUAUCAUGUAUGUCUGGGACAACGGGGCGAGCGAACGCUUAAGCGAGCUCUCGAGCUGGAAGGCCUUUAGGAUCAUUCGGAUCACUCGCAUCGUGAAGGCCGUCCGCCUGGUCAGGAUCUUCCGAUUUGUGAUGGCCCUCCGGAUGCUGGUCACCUCAAUCAUGCACACGCUCAAGUCUUUGUUCUGGGCCAUGGUCCUGCUGGGUCUCAUCAUCUACACCUUUGCUGUGCUUCUUUCCCAAGUGGUGCAUGACCACAUCACUGACCCGGGCGCCUCAGAGCUGCCGGAGCCAGAGUUGGCGUCCGCGUUGCUGUACUAUGGCUCUGUUACAAACACCAUGCUCAGUCUUUUCAUGAGCAUUGCCGGCGGCUGCAGCUGGGAUUUGGUCAUCGCACCACUGCAACGCAUCUCGCUGGUGUGGACGCUGGUGUUUCUUUUUUUCAUCAGUUUCACCUACUUCGCGGUCCUCAACGUUGUUACCGGCGUUUUCUGCCAAAGUGCGAUUGAGUCCGCGCAGAACGACCACCUGGCAGUCGUUCAGUCAAUCCUGGAGAACAAGGAAGCACACCUGACGAAGAUCAAGGCUCUCUUCAGCAAGUUUGGCGUUGAUGAUGAAGGCGAUGAAGAGACGGCCCACAUUACUUUUCCCAUGUUUGAGGAGAAAAUCGGCACGCCUGAAGUUCGCGAUUAUUUUGAAUCUUUACGCCUGGAUGUUUCGGACGCCUGGACCUUCUUCAAAAUGCUGGACCUGGACGGUGGAGGUGCAAUUGCCUUGGACGAGUUCCUCAUGGGCUGUUUGAGGCUGCGCGGCCAAGCGCGCGCCAUUGAUGUGGGCAAGAUCCUGCACGAGCAAUCCUGGCUCAUUAGGAAUCAGGGCAAGUUCCAGACCCACGUGGAGGUGGAGCUGAAAACGAUGAAGGCUCAGCUGGAGAAGCUGCUUUUCGGCUUCGAUCCGACGCCGAGCUCCGCCCCGAGCUCCGCGCGGACUGUGAGCUCCAAGGGCGGGCGCGAAGCGAAUUGA